AAAAACUCUCUUCUUCAUCUUUUUUUUUUCUUUCUUUCUUUCUUUUUCUCUCUCCCUUUUUUUUUUCUUUCUCUCUAUUUUUUUUUUUAUUUAUCUUACGUAUCAUCAUCUGUAACAACCAUUUGGGGGAAAAAAAAACGAUGAUGUUAUACUGUGAUAAUGAAAAUUAUCUUACUAGUCUACAAGCUGUCCGUGAACGAUGUUUCAAAGUUCAACAAGUUGCAAAUAAGAAUCAACUCAAUCAUUUUGAUGUGGAUCUGAGCAAAAUGGAUGAUGUCGUUCAAUUUGUUGUAUCCUUGAUCAAACGAGAUUAUAAUGCCAAUCCAGCUGAAAUGCCUACAUAUGGUCAAUGGCGACAUUUUGAUGUAGGUGGUCGUCCAAGGAUUCAAAAUCUCAUCCAUGCAUGGGCUGCUGCAGGUCAAACGCCUCUCGAACAAACAAGAAGGAUCAUCGACCUUUUUAUCAUUGCUUGCCUUCUAGAUGUCGAGGCUGUAUGUCAUAGUAAAUCUUGGUCGUACUCUGAACAGGUGACUGGUCGUACUUUUGGUGGUACUGAAGGUGUUGCUGUUGCUGUCUUGGAUAUGUUUACUGCUGGUGUCUUUUCAAGUGAUCCUACUGAUCCUCAUCGUGUUGAUGCCGAGGCGUUGACUACUUUAUCCCUUGAUACUUUUCGUGCAGGAUUUCAAUUGGAUCAUCAAAAUCAAUUGAUUGGUGUGGAAGAAAGAUUAGAAUUGAUCCAACAUCUGAGUCAAGUCUUAAAUUCACAAAAUACUUACUUUGGUACGUCUCCUGUAGCAAGACCGGGUAACAUGAUAGAUUACCUUUUGUCACAUUCAUCCACGAUCAAAACCAAAAAAGGUCCGCUUAUUCCUUUAGAAACCAUCUGGCCUGUUGUUUUGGAAAUGGGCGAAUUUUGGGCUGCACAAGAUAAUAAGGGUGGAUCACACGGUUUGGGUGACGUAUGGCCAUGUUCUGUCCUUGAUGUCAAUCAUACUGCUACUGUCAAUUCCACUGAUCAUUUUGUUCCUUUUCAUAAACUAACUCAAUGGUUAGUUUAUUCUUUAAUUGAACCUUUGGAACGUUUAUUGGGUGCAACCAUUGAAGGAAAAGAUAUGUUGACACCUCUUCCUGAUUAUUGUCAUGGCGGUCUUCUGUUGGAUACAGGAUUGAUUUCGUUAAAAGCUGAAGAGUAUGAACGAGGAGUAGAAAAUUAUCGGAAAAAUGCAUUAUUGCCUGGUCAAUCCAAAGUCGAAGUGGCUCCCUUGUUUGAAAUAGGGGAUCCAGUUGUGGUGGAAUGGCGUGCACUGACCAUCGCUUAUUUGGACUUGAUAGCUGAUAAUGUACGGGACGCUUUACAACUUAAUCGUCGACUUCUUUCUCUAAGUCAAUUAAUGGAAGCUGGUACAUGGAGUGCUGGCAGAGAGUUAGCCGAGAUUUCAAGACCAAAUACACAUCAACCGCCAAUCAUCAUCAAGAUGGGAAGCCAUGUACUUUGCUAAAGAAUCCAUAUAGUUUUAAUUUAUCUUUGGUAUUGAAUUUCAUCCUUUUUUUUUUAUUAUUAUUAUUAUUGC